CUCAAUCCUUAAACCCCUAUACCCGAAAUGGGUUUCUCUAAGCUCACCCUGCUCCUCCUCCUCACCCUCAUCUCCAUUCUCACCGCCCCUUCCUCCACCGCCUUCAACUGCACCACCCCCACCAACGCCACUUCCAACUGCCACGCGCUCAUCGACUUCGUCCCCACAAACGCCACCACUCUCAACGCCGUCAAGACCCUCUUCAACAUGACCCACCUCCGCACCCUCCUCGGAGCCAACAACCUCCCCCUCUCGACCCCAGCCGACUCACCCGUCCCCGCCGCCAGCAAGCUCCUCGUCCCCUUCUCCUGCACCUGCCUCAACGGCUCCGGCAUCUCCAAACGCCGCCCCAUCUACACCGUCAAGGCCGGCGACGGCCUCGACUACAUAGCCAGCCUCUUCUCCCGCCUCGUCACCUACCAGGAGAUCGCGCAGGUCAACGGCAUACCCGACCCGAAUCAGAUCGAGGUCGGGCAGCAGCUGUGGAUCCCACUGCCGUGUAGCUGCGACCACGUGGACGGCCUGGAGGUCGUGCAUUACGGACAUGUGGUGGAGGCUGGGAGCUCGGUGCAGAAGAUCGCCGAAGAGUACGGGACCACCGAAGAGACGCUCCUCAGGAUUAAUGGGAUGCCCGACCCGAAUAAACUUCUGGCUGGGCAGGUCCUUGAUGUUCCUCUCAAAGCUUGUGCAUCGUCAGUAUCAAAUGACUCGUUUGAUUCCCCGCUACUUGUUUCUAAUAACACAUACGUCUUCACUGCUAACAAUUGCGUGAAGUGUCAAUGUAGUUCUGCGAACAACUGGACAUUACAAUGCGAGCCAUCAUAUCUUAAUUCAACUCUCUGGGAAACAUGCCCUUCGAUGCAAUGCCAAGAUUCAAAUCAGUUAUACAUAGGCAACACUACCUCCUCCACCUGCAAUCAAACAACUUGUGCCUAUACGGGUUACAAUACCAACACCAUUCUUACUAAGCUGGUAGCUCAGUCCACCUGUUCAACUCCCAACACCGCUUCAAAGAUGGGAUUACACGGCUCCAGCUGGAACUUCUUUUUCGUAGCAGUUCACUUGGCGCUUCUUUGUCUCCAUCUUUGAUGAAAUGUCUAAGUAAGUUUGUACGAGAUUGUCCGGUUUUUGUUUGUGUUAGGAGGAUGAGGAAGCAGACUGAUAUGGUGCAAUUCUUCUGUACAUCCUUUCUGUACUAGUACACCGUCAAAUUUGUGAGCAAGCAUGCAUGAUCAUGCCUUUCCGAGAGUAGAUUUCCUUCUGUUAGGAAUCAAAUACGACCUUGUUUCAAACAUGCCUUGGACUCAUCUUGUAGCAAUGCCAUUCUUAAAUGUUAUCAUAUUUUCUUCUGU